AUGGCUUCUGCUGCGCCAACAUUUUUAUCCACCAAAGAGACGACGAACUACGCUCGCCUGUGUCGGCUGAUGGUUGAUGUUGGCACUCAGGCUCUCCGAGACACUUUUGAUGCCAUUCAUACACCUAUAAAUCUCCACAUAGUUUUGGCGGGAAAUAAAGCAACUUUACAGACACUGAGAACUAGGAAGGUCAUAAACGCAACGCAAUGGGGAAAGCUCUUUCCUGCCAUCUCUACAUCAGUGUCAUCGGCCCAAUUCGACAUUACACUUUUGAUGGUUCUGCUGCGAAACUUAUGCGGUUUAACUUCUCCUGCAACAGGCUGGGAUAAACUUCCUGCUGUGACAGACUUGAGUCGUGAAGCUGAUAUCGCUCGUGUCAAAUAUUACAGAAAUACCGUGUAUGGUCACGCCGAGCGCGCGUCAGUGGAUGAUGCAGCUUUCAAUGCAUACUGGGGCGACAUCCGGGACACUCUGGUGCGAUUGGGAGGAGUCAAGUACAAAACAGCUAUUGACAAGCUGGAAACUGAAGUCAUGGACCCUGAUCUUGAAGAUCACUACAAAGAACUUCUCACACAAUGGAAGAAAGAUGAAGACAAUGUGAAAGAUCAGCUGAAUGAAGUCAUCAGAAAGCUGGAUGAUUUGGAAAGCUCUGUCAAAGGUAUUUACAGUGUCAAGAAUUACUAGAUCAUUUUAAAUUCUCUGGGCGUCAAGGAGUGGAUGCUCGCGUCUCCUCCACCACUCCACCUUAAGGUUACUAACGAAUUCUUUGAGAGGAUUUUUAGCCAAACAACGGAAAUUAAUGGAAAUUUGUUGAUAAUUUCUAUACAUAGGGAAUAGUGUAAAGCUGAGUUUCAUCCAGUGUAACAUUAUAAUAAAGUAAUUGACUAUGGCAUACCAAUAGCAAAUUAUUUCAUCUCAAGCAUACACAUUACAGAUAUAAACCUAGCAUACACGUAAUCGAGAGAAGUCUCUUGGUACAGAAUAGACUGUAUAUACGAGAGUAGAUCCAUUAAGGCCUCUAGGAAUGUCAAAAGAGUGUAAGGGAAUAUUGGUGUCAGAAUGUUGCGUACAAUUUCUACAACAAUGUAUCAAAUUAAUAUACCAAAGUAGCAGUUUUAUAACCCUUUAUAAAUCAACAGGCAGUGUUUAAGCUGGCGGUUGUAGGCAGGCAAGUGCUGCAGAAGACGAAUUACACUGUUUUAUUUUCUUUACUUUCAUGUUAAACGACAGGAAAAGACUCAAAGGCCGAGGAAUUGCUACAUGAGUCCAUCAAGUGUAAAGAGAAAUAUCACGAAAAUGAGGCAGUGCAAUAUUAUUGUCAAGACUGCAACGUUUGUAUUUGCCAGAAAUGCAGUAUAUUGAUUCAUACUCGACACACCAUGAUGGACAUACAGCAGGCAGUUGAACAAAAAAAAAUGAAAAUGAAACAAGUCUUCACUAGAGUCAAGGAACGAAUGGCUAUCGUGAACAAACAGAUCAUUGAGCAAACUGAGCUGAUGAGCAAAAGCGAAAAGGAUAUCUGCGCUGCCGAAAAGGAGGUGACAGAAAUUUCUGAGCAAAUCAUUCGAAUUGCGAGGGAACAUGAAACUGCCGCCAAGACAAAGCUGGAAGAAAUUAAGGCCUCACAACAAAUUAUUUACGCUAAGAAAUUGGAGGAAUUUCAGGUCUUCAAAGAUCAGCUAAGAAAUUCAGUUGAAUGUGGCGAAGACAUCGUACAAAAAAAAGUUGGCCUCGAAAUUUUACAAGCAAGAAAUACUGUGGUUGCUCGAUGCGAGGAACUUUUAACUUCAAAGGAUAUCGAAAUUUUUAACCCACAACCGGUUAUGUAUCUUGUCAAUGCAGAAUCUAUAAACACUGUCAGACACUUGGUUCCGGGUCAAGUGAUCGCGAGCUACACUGAUUCUUCAAAAUCUGCAGCUGAAGGAAACGGUCUGCAAGAAGCGGAAAUUGGCGCUGAAACUGGCUUCACUGUAACUACACGAGACUCGGAGGGGAAACUGUUUUAUGAUGAAGAAGACCGAGUGACUGUGAAAAUUCGCUCUCCUAAAGGCGAAGAUGGAGAAAUAAAACCUAAGCAUUUUCAAAAUGGACUCUACACAGUGCAUUAUGAGCCAAAAAGUAUUGGCUUGCAUGAGAUUGUUGUCGAAGUAAAUGGGAAGCCGCUGACUGGUAGUCCCUGGAGAGUUCAGGUGACUGCUCAUCAAUACAAGACUCUUCGUUCAUUUGGAUCAUAUGGGAAAGGACCGGCAGAGUUUAUAGGAUCAGGAAGCAUUGCAGUGAGUGAAAGAACGGGGAACAUUGCCAUUGCAGAUGUCGUAAAUAAGCGAGUUCAGUUGUUUGAUUCUAAGUGGAAAUAUUUAAGAGCGAUAGGAGACAAGGGGCCUGUUGCUGAAAGAAUAGCAUAUCCAAAAUCAGUGGCAUUCACAGCAUCUGGUGACGUUGUGGUCAUUCAUAAUGAGACUGGCCAAUUAGGUGAAAUGUUCUUAUUUACUGAACAUGGUCAGUUUAUUAAACACACCGGUCAGUAUCUGAUUGAUCCAAAAAGCGUGUCUAUUAGAAGUGAUGAUCACAUGAUCGUUUGUGACUCAGGUGACAAGUCAGUCAAAGUACUCACCCCUGACGGUUGGGGACUAAAACAGUCCUUUAAUGCACUAGACUGUGAUACUUUGCCGAUACAUGCCGUUUAUCACGAGGACAAGUUCUUUGUGUCCUAUGUAAUGGCUGACUGUGUGAAAGUGUUCAACAAACGAGGAGAGUUUCAGUAUGAUAUUGGCAGGGAGGGAUCUGGUGACGUACAGCUGAACCGUCCUGUUGGACUUACUAUUGACAGGUGUAAUAACCUGAUCGUUUGUGAUACUGGUAAAAGCAGAGUUCGAGUGUUUUCUUUAGAUGGAACAUUAGUGAACUCGUUUAGUGAGGGAAUGGGCGAUCCCCGCUUUGUCGCUGUUACCAAAGACAGUAAGUUGCUGAUUUCUGAUCUCCGUAAACAUGUAAUUCGUGUUUUUCAGUGA